ACAGGCAUCUCAAACAUACCUCCCGGUGACUUCACUCACGGGAAGACGCCUCGUACAAUUUAUUUGCUCGACCCCUCCCGUCAAUCUUCGACCCUCUUCUUGUUCUUCCAUUCUUGCUCUCCGGCCGACGCCUUCGGUUCUCCAUCCCCCAUCCCCCCCUUCAUUUUGGACCCCUUCCCCUCGCCUCUAUUUGGGAACCCUAACCCUAACACCGACCUUAAAUCUAAGGGUUGGAUCCGAUCGCUUGUUCUUGGAUCGAUGGGAGAGGGCGACGCGCUGGAGAGGUCGGGACCGGAGGCGAUGGAUACCUCGUGCGUGAAGGGAGAUCUCGGGAUGGAGAUCGACGCGCAGCCGUGUCGGGAGGGCGCCGCGACGGCGGAGGACUGGCGGCGGGCCCUCGCCAAGGUGGUGCCCGCGGUGGUGGUGCUGCGGACCACUGCCGCGCGCGGCUUCGACACGGAGACCGCCGGGGCCAGCUAUGCCACCGGGUUCGUCGUCGACAAGGGCCGGGGCAUCAUCUUGACCAACCGCCAUGUGGUCAAGCCGGGCCCCGUCGUUGCGGAGGCGAUGUUUGUCAACCGAGAGGAGAUUCCGGUCUAUCCGAUAUACAGGGAUCCUAUACAUGAUUUUGGCUUCUUCCGCUAUGACCCUGAAGCAAUCAAGUUUUUGAUCUACGAGGAGAUUCCCCUUACACCUGAAGCUGCUUGUGUUGGUUUGGAGAUACGAGUUGUAGGAAACGAUAGUGGUGAAAAGGUCUCCAUUUUAGCAGGAACUGUAGCGCGUCUUGAUAGAGAUGCUCCUCACUAUAAAAAGGAUGGAUACAAUGACUUCAAUACAUUCUACAUGCAGUUAACUUUGAAGUGUUUUGGAUUCUUCCAACAAGUUCACUUGCACGGAUGACUAGCAGCUUCUUAUGAGGUUGUAUGAACUGUGUUUUCCUUGUAAUGAAAAUAAUCAUGGAUACUUUCUUCCAUUAAGCUUUUGUUGAGGUCAAUAUCGUUGGUCUAAUCAAGGACUUCGAAAUAGGUAGCAGCUUUAGGCUUUUUUCCUCACUCAUGAUAUUAUCAAUUAGUAGCACUAUACCUCAACUCGCUAUGUCAUUUGUAGCUUUUCUUCAAACAUGUCUAAGACUAAACCGUGAAUUGAGUCUCAUAAUUUUAUUGAUGGUAUGAGCCUGAUUCAGAAUUACAAAUAUAUUUUGCUCUCAUCUUCGGAUAA